GGUGGUAGAUUUCUAAAAGAAAAAUUAGUUGAGUGACAAAAAAAUUGAUUUUCUCUAAUAUUUAUAUACGUAGUUGUACAGAGUCACGAGUCUCCUGCCCGGCGAGUUGGCGUCCGAGGAAGGAAGCGUUAACUGUGGGUAAUUCUCAGCGGACAGCCGUGGAAUCUAAGAAAGGGAGGAUGGAAAAAAGAAAAUGGGAGAAUAUGAAUGAAGAUUGUCUGGUAAAUAUAUUUAAGAGACUGACACUUGAAUCACAGCUACUAGAUAUUCGGGUUGUUUGCAAAUCAUGGAACCGAACACUUCGCAAUCCGUUGUGCUGGCAACAACUUGUGUUUCCUCCAAUCACACAUCCGAGAUUAUCUGAUUCACAUGGACUGAUAAAAUGUGUUGUAAACCGAAGCCAGGGAUGUGCCACAACACUUGCGCUUCCGAAUGAAUGUAGCAGAGAGGAGCUCAUAUAUGUUUCGGAGAAAUGUCCUGCUUUGAAGAUGUUGACACUGCCUCUUUUUCUAUGCCGCAACCACUCUGACAUCAUUCCAAGCCUCAUGGUGAAGUGGAAGAAUUUGGAAUUCUUGAGCCUUGGAGAUAGCUCUUCCACUAUUCAAAUUCUCGAGCAUAUCUGCAGUAAUUUGCCAAAUCUUAGUGGUCUGAGUAUUACAGAUGGAUACAUAGAUCAUGAAACAGCAUUAGCAAUCGUGUCACUGGCUCCCAAACUCAAGUAUUUAGUUCUUGAAGGGGCUGAACUUGACAAAGAAAACCUAGUGCUGAUAUUGCAGGGCUGCAAACAACUUGUUAAGCUUGAUGUUCGAAACUGCAUUGGCUUUGAUGCGGAUGAUGAGGAUAUAUCUAAGCUUGCUUCUGGAAUCAAAAACUUCCUUUGUGCAGGUUCGAUAGCCGAACAGUAUUCUUGGGAAGACCAUGGUUGGGUAUGAUGACUAUGAUGGUGAGAACGAUCGUGUCAAUUUAGACUAUUAUAUAGAUUAUUAUAGUUUAUGGAACUGUUGUGCGUUUUAUUAAAUGUUAUCGAAAUUUGAAACUGGGGAGAGUAUUAUUUUUAGCUGUGCCCAUGGCAAGGAAAACGUUAUCUAAUAAGUAAUCACUUUUGAAGUUUAA